CUGUUACCUUGAUGCAUUCAUGCCCUUCAUUUCGUUGUUACUUCGCAGCCAGCUCCGUCUGCUCAUAUAUGCGCCUAUUCCAUUCUUAAUUGCACGUUUCUACCCCAUAACCAAGAUUACAGGGAGAAGCAUGCAGCCUACAAUCAAUCCAGACGAGAAUCAGCUCUGGCAUGACUUUGCAUUACUCGACAGGGUUUCAAUGCAGGCUAGAGCCAAUUUUAAACGAGGAGAUAUCGUUACCCUGUUCUCUCCGAUAGACCCAAAACGCUUCAUGGUGAAGCGAGUCAUUGCUAAGGAAGGUGAUAUAGUGGAAACACUGCCGCCGUAUCCUCAUCCUCAAGUAUGUGUUCCAGAGGGACAUGUCUGGGUGGAAGGUGACGACCCAUACCAUAGCGACGAUAGUAACACCUUUGGCCCAAUACCAGCUGCGUUGAUCGAGGCCAAGGUGCUGUUCAUCGUCUGGCCCUUAAGCCGUAUCGGUUCGCUACAGACACCUUCAGUGCGACAUCUCGGUCGCUUGACUAGAGGUAGUCCGGAACACAGAGCUGCUGUGGCUGCCGUUGAAAGGGAAAAAUGGCGCGAAUCGAGAGUUAUCCCGGCACGCUGGUAGUGUGACGAUUUAUCUCGUUUUCAGUGCUUUUUCGCUGUGCCCAUUUGGCCACCCUGUCCUUACGAAGUUGAAGAGCCAGGCGUGUUCAGUAGACUAAGAUGUGCGAACAGAAAAAUUACAGGUGGUUGAAAUUUUCGGAAGAGAAGCUAAUGAUGUCGUUAUCCAGCGACCGUUGUAAUGGCAUUGAUAGACAUGUCGUUGAGGGCAUACAAUAGAUUCAUCCUCGGAA